UCGUGCAGUGGCAGAGGUGAUCCUCUGGUAUUUUCGCUCAGGCGAAAGCUGCUCGCCUAGGCGAAAAUACCAGGAUUCCUCAUCUGUUCCACGCAUGCAUCCUCGCCCAAAAUCAUUCCAUACUCAAAAAUCACACACAAGCAGGUCCAAGCACCAAUUAAACACAGAACAAACAAUUCUACCACUCAAGAACACAUCUCCUACGAAAAUUGAGCUAAAAGUCAGCUUCCCUUGCCUAGUUAAUGGAGAACGCCUUGAAUGAGAGCAACGUAGAGAGGAAGGGCAGAAUUCUUUAAUUUAACCUAGCAAUUCCAUCAUUCUGACAUGGAUGAGGGAGGAACACUCAAUUAGACUCAGAAUAGAAGCAAGGUUUCUUGAUGAAAUCUGGAAUUGGACCUCAAAACGAAAUUGGAGCUUACCUGGAGGAAGAAAGGCUAGAGAUGAAGGUAGCUUGAGGACUUGCCGGGGUCACUUCUCUAGCAUCUGAUUCAGAAGCAAAAGAAAUUUGGUUAAGUGUGAAGGUAGCAGUGUAAGGGAUGAUGGUGAAGUAGAGAGAGUAGAGAAUUCGGUGUUGGAAUGAGGGGAAGAAAGAGACUGAAAUAAAAGGGUUAUCACAAUACUGAAUUGCUGAGGGGUUAUGAUUCGGGUUUGGUAUUUUGGGGAAGGUUUCGUUUUUGUAGUGUGAACAAACACUAUGCAAGCACUGUGUUCAGAUUGCACCCUUCAGGUGCCUGGGUUCUCGAUUACUGCAACUCCUCCAAAGUUUGCAUCUUUUGUGUCCACCCUGAGCCCCUCCAAGCCUGGAACUAGGUUGUGUUUGACUUUUGGUGAUGGGAGUUACAAACCCGUUAGGAGGAGUCGGUGGAAUGGGUUUGGGGUGCUGUGUGCAUCCUCCGAUGGAGAAAGUGAUGAUGGGUUUUACAUGAGAAGAUGUGUGGAGCUUGCAAGAAAGGCUAUUGGGUAUACCAGCCCCAAUCCAUUGGUGGGGUGUGUUAUUGUAAAGAAUGGGAUAGUUGUUGGUGAAGGGUUCCACCCUAAAGCAGGGCAAUCGCAUGCUGAGGUGUUUGCUCUGAGAGAUGCCGGUGAUUUGGCACAAAAUGCAACUGCUUAUGUGAGCUUGGAACCUUGUAAUCAUUGUAGGACUCCACCUUGUACUGAAGCUCUAAUUGAAGCCAAAGUGAAAAAGGUUGUUGUUGGGAUGGUGGAUCCAAAUCCCAUAGUUGCCUUCAAAGGGGUGGAAAGGUUGAGAGGUGCAGGAAUUGAAGUUGUUGUAGGGGUAGAGGAAGAGUUGUGCAAGAGUCUCAAUGAGCCUUACAUUCAUCGCAUGUUGACGGGAAAACCUUUCCUUACCUUGAGAUAUUCUCUUUCUAUCAAUGGAAACUUUUUGAACUUGCUUGGGAAUGGAGCUGCAGACUGUGGUGGUUACUAUUCAAGGCUAUUACAGAAAUAUGAUGCAAUGGUAAUGUCUUCUUCCUUUCUCACUGAAAACUUUAAAGUACCUGCAUCUCAAGAACCUGGAGCCAACCAACCAAUUCGGAUUGUAAUACAUAAAGAUCCUAGUUCUUUGAAUCAAAUUCUAUCAUCCAUCAAUGACAUCACAAGCAAAAUCAUAAUCUUUACUGAGAAUAAAGUGGGAACAGCUCCAGAAGUGGCUCAACAAGGAAUUGAAACUGUAGUUCUGGAUGAAAUAAAUCUGGAUGUGAUCUUGGAUUAUUGUAAUCAUCAAGGAUUGUGCAGUGUUCUGUUAGAUAUUAGAGGGAGUUUCAGUGAGUUUGAAGUGCUUGUUAUGGAGGCUAUUGAGAAUAACUAUAUUAAUAAAUUUAUCACAGAAAUUUUGCCUGUUUGGAACAAACGUACUGAGCCACAUCCUCUACAGACAUUGAAGAGCUUAGAGCAAGGAAUGAAAGUGCUAAACUUGAAGUCCAAGGCCUCUGAUCAGAGUGUUGUAAUUGAGGGAUAUUUUAAAUCUGAGUAAAUGGAGCAUAGUGCUCACAACUUCCAUUUAUCAAUAUUUCAGUGUCAUGCAUGGAUUUUGCUGUAGGCUAACUUAAAAGAGCAGUUAAUGUAUUUUGCUGGCGGAAACUCGAGGGUAUUGUAACCAAUGAUUUUUGUUUUCAUUUA